AUGGAGGACGGAGAUGGGAAGUGUCCAGAGGGCCAUCACUGCGAUACGACGGAAGAGUUAUGGCAGACGUGGUAUGAAUGGAUUUCAUGGGUCAAUAAGAGUGAACAAGAUCAGGAAGCACUGGGCGGAAAAUGUGCCUCCACCGUCCUUGUCCGCCAUUGA